GACAUUUUUUUAUCGACGUAAUUUUAAGUUGAGCAAAGUAUUGGAGUCAUACAUUAUCUCUGGUCAAACACAACACUCACAAGCCCCGAUUAAAUUUUAUUUAUUAAAAGAUUUUAUAUUUGGUCAAACAAAAUAUUCACAAACUCCAAUUAAAAACUUUGUCCGUUAUAGUUUACACAUGCAUUGGUUAAUUAGUUGUGUAUGACUAGACAAAACCAUGCACUGGUCAUAGAUGUGUGUAGACAAACAUUAAGUAAUUUCGUACCAUUGCAUCUAUAAAUAUGACCAUAGUUAAACUCUUUGCAUUCACAACUCUAUAGUUGAACUCUUUGCAUCACAACUCUAAAAUAUUUCGAUAAUAUCUAUAUUUAUUAAUAAAAUGUCUCGUUCUUCUGGAUACUCUGAUGAAGAAGAUAGAUUGUUAUGUGAAGUUUAUAUGCAAAUUUCUCAAGAUCCAAUUCUAGGAGUUUAUCAAUCAUCCGAUCAGUUUUGGGAUCGUGUGAUCGAAGCUUUCGAGAAAGAAAAAAAUACAACUUGGAAUCAACGUUCCAAACAAUCAAUUCAAUCUCGGCUUCAAACAAUUCAGAAGGCAACCAAAAAAUUACAUGCAUACAUAAGACAAUGUGAAAACAGGCGUCAAAGUGGUGUUUCAAAUGAUGAUAUUUUGAAUCAAGCCAAAAUAAUGUUUAAAGAUGAUCCAAGUAUUAUAGGAGGUUGGAAAUAUGAGCAUGUUUGGGAUAUUGUUAAGAACUUUGAAAAGUUUAAAGAUGGUGUUCCCCGUCCUAAACGUUUAUCUAUCCCAAUUCGUUUGGAGCAUACAUCUUUGGAAUCAGAAAAUCCUACCAUUGAUUCUCCUACACAAGCAUCUCCACAUUUAUCUGCUUCUUCACUAAAUUUAAUGAUGAUGGGAUUAUUAGUGGAUCUCCCUCUCCACGACCACUUGGGGUAAAAAAAUCAAAAAUGAAAAGAAAAAUUGGUGAGCAAACAACAUCAAUCAUCAACACCCUAGAAGUAGGAAACAAGUAAUUUUUGGAGCAAUUGAAGAUGGCAAGUGAACAAAGACAACAACAAUUGGAGAUUCAAAGUAAAAACUAUGCUUUGAAAGAGCUCAAGGAAGAAAACAAAAUUUUACUUUGUGACUUAAAUACUAUGGAUCCAAAUGUUCGUGGAUAUUUUCAAGCUGAACAAGCACGGAUUUUACAAAAACGGAGUGAUCAACAAAAAAACCAACUAGCUCAGCCUCCAUCUACUUCGUUUGGUUCGUUUGGACAAUAUUUCAACGAUAUUGGUGGACCCGAAAGCAAUUUACCAGAGUAUUAAUUAAUUAAUCUUUGUUGUAUUAAAAAUAAUUAUUAUGAAAUGAUUUU